CAAAUCAAUAUCUUCUCGACUAUUGUUCCGUUAUUGGUAAUAAAGAAAAUAGUCAAAUCGAAUCACAACACGGUAGUUCUCAGCAAUUUUCCAGGAAUCCACAGUGUUAAUCUCAUCAGUGGCCACAGGGUUAGAGACUCUUUAGUCUGGGGUCCAAACUUUUCGAUAUGCGGUAUCACCUGCUCAAUAUAUACGUACGACGGACUGUUUCGUUUCGGAUUAGUUGUAGAUAAAAAUACCAUAAAGAAGAGAUCGGAGGUACAGGCAAUUUGGUACGACCAGUGCGGUUUAUGAUGAAAAUUAAUUUUAUGCACGGACAACUGGGAUUAGGAAAUUUAUUAUAGCAUGGGUAAUUUGAAUUGUAUCCAUAUAUUGACUUAUAAUAAUACUUAGUUUUAAUAAUUGUACAGGUAAAUC